AUGUUAUUGUCUCUUACAAUUCUCGCCGCACUCGUUCGGUAUGCUGUAGCUCAAGUCGACUACUCGCAAUUCGUCAACCCUCUCAUCGGCUCAGAAGGUCCAAUUUCUGGGUAUGCUUUCGGAGGUGGUGAUAUAUUCGUUGGAGGUGCAGUACCUUUUGGGCUUGCUAAAGUGGGGAUUGAUACCUACAAGGACAAUAUCACUCUCUCAACCCUAAAUGGAGGAUAUACGCCAAUGGGCAAGGCGACUGCGUUCUCUAUGAUACACGAGUAUGUCUCUAUCUCCAUUCAAAUUUUGUUAUUCCGGCUCCCCGCGCUUUGUGGAAGAGAUAUUUCUCGGAAACUAAACUCUUUCUACAAGCUAUCAUUCUUAAUGUCUGAGAAUAGGCGGAAAGUCGUAUCUGCUUCCCAAUGA